AUGCCGUCAAUAUUCGGCAAAAGUCAUCUUUAUCGUUAUGAUAUUCAAGGUGGUGCCAAAAGUCAUUAUCUUGUUUUUGUUCAUUUACCUUGUUUACAAACACAUCUUAAACAUUUAUAUCAUUUAUCAAUAUUACCAUUUAAUGAAUAUGAACAACAAACUAUUGAAUGUUUAAUGAAUUAUAAUAGUUUAACACGUGAUUGUAUUAAUUAUCUUUUACAACGACUACAUAUACGAGAUGAUAAAAUUUCAAAUUGUUUUGGUUUAUCAUAUUUUAAUAAAAUAAAUAAACAAUCUUAUUGGCUUGAUCCUAAUGUAUCAAUGAGACAACAAAUUCCAAAAUCAGAAUUAAAACCAAAUUUAACAUUUACAAUGUUACUCUAUCCACCGGUGCCAUAUACAAUAACGGAUGAAAAAGCUCGACUUAUUCUCUAUCAACAAAUUUUUUGUAAUUUUAUUUCAUCAAUUUAUAUUAUACCAACAAAUCUUAUUGAAACACUAUCAGCUUAUUUUCUUCGAGGUUGUUUUGAAAAUAAAUUCAAUGCUGAUAAAAAUCGUGAUAUUCUUCAAUUGAUUAUAGCAGCUGUUGGCCUUUCAGAAGAAAAUACUGAUGGAAUAAAAGAAAAAAUUGUUGAAUUAUAUCGUGAUUUAAAUGAACUUGAUAAACGAUCGGCACAAAACCAAUUUGUUCAUCGAAUAUCACAAAUAAAUACAUAUGGAAUGACACAUUUUGAAAUAAAGAAUGCACUUAAUGAAGCAAUUUGUCUUGGACUUAAUCAUCAUGGUAUUCAUUCUCGUUCAUUACUACGAAAUGAAUUUAAACUUGAAGCUUGUUGGCAUAAUAUAACAUCAAUACUAUCGAAUAAACAACGUCAAAUAACUAUAACAAUAAAAAAUGGCAAUAUGAAUACUCAUACACUUAUCUAUUAUACAGAUUCAACAAAUUAUAAUCGUUAUUGUCUUCGUCUUCUUCUAUUAUUUUCAAAUCAUUUUUCUCAAUAUGUACCAAAUGAAUCUGAACACAUUCCAAAAUUAGAAACAUUACCAAUAAGAAAAAAAUGUUUAGUACAUGGUGCUAGUGUACCAGAUCUUCGUUCUGAUGGUGAAUCAUUAAGUAAUACACCACCAUCGGCUUCAUCAUCAACACGUUCAUCAAAUAAUAGUUCAAAUAUGUGGACGGGUAGUUUACCAAAUUUAACUAUACAAUUAACAACUCGACAACAAACGAAUGAAAUAUAUAAAAAAAAGAAUGAUCCAUAUGCAACAUUUUCUGAUAAUCUUAAUCAUAUUGAUGAACAAGAAACAAUUUCUUCAAUACCAAAAAAGGAAGUAACAUUACGACAUUCAUUACCAAUUUCAUAUCAAUCUCAAUCAUCGAUGAAUAAUAAAUUAUCUCAUCGUUCUUUGUUCAUGUCUACUACCAGUAUUGGUUUAUCAUGUUCUCUUGCUAAAUUUGAUAAAACUUCUAUAUCACCAUCGAUGAUAAAUAUUUCGAAAAUAUCUUCAUCAAUUAAUCUUUCACCAUGUUUUUCAUGUGAAUGUCUUCAUCGAGGUGAUAAAGAUUUACUUCUACAAUCACCUUCGAAUCUAUCAACAAUAACAACAAAUAGUCGAUCAUUAUUGAAUUCAAGAACAUAUCUUUCAUCAACAUCAGUACCACUUGAAGUUGAUACUAUUAGUGUUCAUAAUGAUGAUGCUCCAACAGAUAUUUGGUUAGCCGAUUUUGAAUCGAAAUUAGCCAAUAAUAUUGUUUAUGAUGAAUUUGAUUCUAUUCCACUUGCUCGUAUUAAUGGUUCAAUUCAAGAUGGACGUUUAGCUGAAAAUACUCGUCGUAAUCGAUAUGUUGAUGUUAUACCAUAUAAUGAUACACGUGUUCGAUUAAUUCCAACAAAAGAUAAUUUACAUGGUUAUAUUAAUGCAUCACAUGUUAAAAUUCGUAUUGAAAAUACAAUUUAUUCGUAUAUAGCAGCUGAAUCUCCAUUAUCAUUAACAGUACAUGAUUUUUGGCGAAUGAUAUCUGGUAGUAAUAUACAUGUUAUUGUUAUGUUAAUUGGUAAUGAUCCACAAAUAUGUGCAAAUUAUUUUCCAAGAAAUAAAAAUGAAAAAUGUCGAACAGAUGAAUAUGAAAUAGAAUUAAUAUCUGAACAAAAUCGACAAGAUUUUCAUAUUCGUCAUUUACAAAUGAAACUUAUUAAUGGACAACGAACACGAACUAUUGUUCAUUUACAAUAUAUUGCUUGGGAUGAAGCACAAUUACCACUUGAUACAAAAUCAUUUAUUGAUUUUAUUAAUGUAGCAAAUAGUUUUCGAAGACAUUAUGGUGAAACAAAUCCAUGUCUUGUUCAUUGUACUGCUGGUAUUGGUCGUACUGGAAUAUUUAUUCUAAUACAUGUCAUGAUUCAAUGUAUCACAUUUAAUAAAAAAGUAAGUGUAGCAAGUGUACUAAAAGUAAUGCGUGAACAUCGAAUGUCACUUGUCGAUCGUACAUAUUCAUAUGUUUUUGUUUAUCGUUGUCUUAUUGAUUAUUUAAAAUCAUCUAGACUUAUCUAA